AUUCCGGACCAAGUCGAGGGGGCUCUGGUAGCCCGGACUUUGGUAAAGCGGGAGUCUCUUACCAAUCUCAACACCAUAAAGAAAAUCAAACGUAAGGACGGUUCUGUUCGUAGCUUGCCCGUUUCUGGGAUGGAGUACUAUGCAGACUGUGACGAAAGUGGGGAUCCUUACCUCCUCCUAGUAGACAUAGGGUCGUCGUUCCAGAAUAUCCUCAAGGGCUCGGACUAUUCCUUAACUAUCAGAGCCGGUGAUCAUCCGCUGAUCGAAAACGUAGAUCUCAAUUACCCCGGAAGUAUCGCAGCCUCUCCUGCUGGUUCUCCACGAGUUCAAUUGUCCGGAAGGCUUGUGCAGCUCACAUAUACGAGUCCCUUCGAUCCAGAGUUGAUCAAAUUGGAAAGAUGUUUCCUUCGAAGACACCCUGAUGCCCAGCUUUGGCUUCCUCACAAUGUGGUUUCCCCGCAUUCGUCGCACUGGUUCAGGUUUGAAGUCGAUGAUGUCUACUUUGUUGGAGGUUUUGGAUCGCUGGCAUAUAUCGGUGAAAUCGAUGCUGAUUUGUACCAC